AUGGAUCUUCGAUCCAAAUCGUCUGUUGCUGAUACUCCUGUCCUUCGAUCCAAAUCGUCUGUUGCUGAUACUCCUGUCCUUCGAUCCAAAUCGUCUGUUGCUGAUACUCCUGUCCAAGCACGAAAGGGCAUUCUAAAAGCCCGAUCAUCAUCUCCGGUCAAUGUGUCCGAGCCUUCUGUCAAGACCAAGCCGUUGCCCGAGCCACCUGUUGCCAAGACCAAGCCGUUGCCCGAGCCGUCAGCUGUCAAGACCAAGCCGUUGCCCAAGUCAGUGUCCGAGCCAUCUCAGCCUGAUCUAAAGAAGACCACGGAGGAGCUCAUUCUGGAGAUGCGUUGCGACUACGAAAGCAGGAUCGACGUCAUGCAGACAGAAAUCAGUACGUUGAAAACUCUUGUACACCAAGUUGUCGGCGCCCUAGCAGAAAAAGAAAAAAGAAAGAAGUUCACGUUGUUAAUCUUCUAA